AUGGCAAAACCUGUAAUCAACAGGUUACCCGUCGCCAAUUGGGGUGAGAUUGCGAUUCGAGUUCUUCUGAGCGCCCGCCAGCUCGGUAUUACAACGAUUGCCAUAUAUACUGAAGAUGAUCCUAACCAUGCGACACUCGCCGAUGAGGCAAUUCUUCUUGAGUCGCCGAAACACUUUAUCGACGUUGCUAAAAUAGUCUCCAUUUGCCUCGACCAGAAGGCUGAUUCCCUUCAUCCAGCCUAUGGGUUUCUAUCAGAAAAUCCUGAGCUUGUGGAACAUCUGGAACAGGUCGGGAUCACGCUUAUUGGGACUACGGAGAGGUCACGCGCUUAUGGGAACGUGAUCGAGCUGGCUCCAUCCACGAUCAAGGAUCACCGUGUUGUUCGAGAGGUGAUCAAUAGCGCUAUACCACUAGCUCGCAGCAUCCGCUAUCAGUUACCCGGCACGUUUGAGUUCUUGGCGCACGAAUCCUCCGGGGAAUACUACUUCCUUGAGGUCAACCCGCGCCUUCAAGUUGAGCACACCGUCAUCGAAGAAGUGGCAGGCAUCGACAUUGACGCCAUCCAGCUUCGAGUGACCGCCGAGGACGCCAACGAGGGUUUGGCGUUGAGUAUGGGCCGUAAUUCCAACCACAAGUUACCAGAAGGUCAAGAUAUCCGCGUGGAUACUCAUCUCAGACGUACCAACAGUUCCACAGUGGGACCUGCCUAUGAUUCUUUGCUUGCUAAAGUGAUCGUCAGAGCGUCUAACUUGGGGACAGUAAGACAGAAAGCUAUCCGAGCAUUGCAUGAUUUUCAGAUAACAGCCGUUCAGAGCAACAUACCAGCUCUCCUAGCAGUGUUGCAAUCAGAAGACUUCAUUCACGGCGCAUGA